AUGGCGACCAUCACUGAAGAGCCGGUAGUGGAGAUCCCGGUCGAUACUCCUACGAAGCUAUUGAACCAGGACGCCUCUCUGGAGUUGUUGAAAGAGUUGCAGGAUCUUCGCGCUAGAAUACAAAGUCUCGAAGAAAACCAUGCUAAGAUUCCCGAGCAAGCUGCAAAAGAUAAAGAUGACAAUCACAGCCGUGAUGGCUCUGCCUCCAUCGAUACGGAAGACGAAGAGUCCAGGCAUUACCCAUGUGAGGAUUCUGAUGAUGUUAUAAUGGAUCUCCGUUACGUGAAAUGGAACGAAUUCAAGACGAUGUAUGCCGAGGAAAAACGUCAUGUCAUCGAUGUCUUGGAAGGCCCUGCGCAAUACUGCUGGCAGCAAACCGAGAGAAGCAUCCGCCGCUUUGGAAUCCUUGCUCUGAUAAGGGCUGAGGAGAACGAAAUGAAACCAGAAGGAGAUCCAAAGCCCAAAACAGAUACUGGCGGCGCCGAAGAUGAUCUCCCCGAGCGUAUUCGAAUCAACUCCAGUCUUUUGGCAUCCAUUUUGAAGGAUAUUGUUUCCAAGAUUGACCAGUCUGCCCCAUUUGUCAUCUUACGCCCAUACAAAAGUGGCCAUGAGGAGCUCGAUGAUCCUACACCUCUAGAACCAGGCAAAGAGCCAAUUGAUUCUCGUCAGGCCUUUCGUGCGCUCGACUGCCUUGUCAGUUUCAUGGAUCGUCAUCUCAGUCCGGUAAUAAGCCGCCAUCGUGCUCUACUGAAAAACUUCACUCCAAGCCCAUCGACUAUUGACCCAACAAUCUCUUUUAGCAAUCUAUGGUAUCUAUUUCACCCAGGUAUGCAGGUGGUUUGUUGGUUCACUCCGGAGCAAAGUGCACCACAUGUCCAGCCAACCAAUCGUCCAAGUAUAUGGAAAGUGUUGCAGGUUUCUGAGGGACGACCAGUCCUGGACUCAAGCUACCCCGGGCGGGUUAACCCUUUCAUCAUCCGACUUUAUAAAAUUGGAUACGAUGGAGAGCAAUUCGGCGUGCUUUCACGAGACUUUCAUCUUCCUCAUUUCAGUGGAGAGCGCCCAAUUCGGUCUUUGGGCAUAGUCCCGACUCAGUUUGUGGGCGGCUACCCAGCGCUGCGCGAUAAGUUAUUGAAGCAAGGCGAGCUCUUUGCUACCUUCGCUACCCCACAACAUCGUUUCUAUUCGGGGUCCACCCUAACAUGCCACAUGGAUGGCGCAUCCUGCCCGGGAAGCUUUAACAGACGGACCGACUAUAUAAAGGGUAAUAUCAUUGUUGAUUUCAAAACAGCCCGCAACGAAGACCAGGAGUGGGUGCCCAGCUUGUCGAUUCCCAGUACCAUGGGAGGAACAGGAAGCGAAGUAUCCGAAUCUUUGUAUAUCCAAGUACUAGCAAACCGCGAGUCUAAGGAAUAUAUUCGAUCGUCUUCCGAAACCAUUUACGACGAUGACUGGGUGGACGCAGAGUUAACCAAGGACUUCAUCCGCGACGAUGCCUUCCUGGCUCGGCAAGAGUCUGCCCCGGAACAGCAAGUAACUAGGAAGGAAUUCUGGAGCAAAGAUGAGCUUGUUAUGAUGCCCGACCGUGCUUGCGCAUGGGAUCUCCAUCGCCGUCGCUGGGCACUUUGCGACCUCGAAUGCAUGCGUCCGGUUCCUACCGACGAUGGCUGGAAAAAUCUCAAAUUGCGGCCGGGUCACAAGAGAAUGCUCUACGCGCAGGUGAAGCGCCAUUUUGCAGAUAGAAAGUCGAAAGAGGACGGAGAAAGCCAAAAAAUUGAUCCGGAUGUGGUCAGAGGAAAAGGAGAAGGCCUUAUUAUCUUGCUCCACGGCGAGCCGGGUGUAGGCAAGACCUCGACUGCUGAAUGUAUGGCGGCUUGGCUUGAAAGGCCACUGUAUCCGAUCACCUGCGGUGACUUGGGAACAAGCGCGGAAGUAGUGGAAGACAAGCUGAAUCGUAUAUCCGCCCAGGCUGAGGCGUGGAAUUGCGUCCUACUACUAGACGAAGCCGACGUCUUCCUUGCGGCGCGCAGCAAAACGGAGUUGGAAAGGAACGCAAUUGUAUCAGUCUUCCUAAGAGUACUAGAAUACUACAAAGGCCUACUAUUCCUGACCACCAACCGAGUAGGAUCCUUCGACGAAGCCUUCGUCUCUCGCAUCCACCUAGCUCUCUACUACCCAGGGCUCAACAAAGGCCAGAACCACGCCAUCUGGGAGAUGAAUUUAGAAAAAGCCAAGUCGCGAAAGACAUCAUUAACCAUCGACACCGGCCCCAUCCUGGAGUGGGCUGACGCAAACUGGGAGCAGAACAGUAAAUCCGGAACCCGUUGGAACGGGAGACAGAUUCGCAACGGAUGUCAAACGGCCAUCGCGCUGGCGGAAUUCGAGGCCGAGGAAACGUCCAAGCCGGUUUUCUUGCAGGUUAAGCACGUUCAGCAAGUUGCAGCUGCGUCCAAGGAAUUCUAUGACUAUGUCUCGCGCGUCCUCGGAGCUGAUAUGGCGCAUCGCGCUUUUGUUGAACGGUUACGGUCUGAUGACUGGUUGCCUAAUAUGUCUGGUGAUCGGGCUCUGCAUAGAUUCUCUUCUGGCUAUAACCAGCAGUCUAUGAGAGCUUCUGAGGAGGUUAUGUCGCCUCCGAGGAAUCGGCGUCGUGGUGGUGGUGGUCGUGCGAAUGAUCUUGUAGGUGGAGGAUCUCCUCGAACUAUCGGUUCUCAGCAUUGGCAAGUUGAUAGACGUGAAGACUUUGAUGAGAUGGCUCUGUAUCAGUCUCAGUCGAGGCAUCAGAUGCAGAAGAUUCAGGAGUCUACUGGACGCGGUGUGUCGGAUAUGCACGGCCUGCCGUUCGAUGAUGAGGAUGAUUAUCCUGAUGAUUUUGAGUGAAGUAGUAGUCCGCUGACUAUGUUGUGAGUUUAUUGUCUAACUAAUUGUACGAGGAAAGUCUAUAGCAACUGAAGAAAACCAAUAGCAAUGCUCCCAAGGCUCUG